GUCAAAUUUUGACGUUUUGAUUUCCAGCCCUAGCCGAAAUCAAGUUCUGUUUUAUUUCCUAAAACUAGAUUAAUUUAAGUUAAAAUCGGCAUUUGGGGAAAGUGGAUGGCAUAUUACACAUUUUACCACAAUGACGACAUUACGUGAACGUCAGCUGAAUGCUUUAAAGCAGAUGCUGAAUUUAAAUCAACCCUUGACUAAGGGCGUAGCCAAUGAACCUACUUGGAAGGUUUUGAUAUACGAUAGAGUCGGCCAAGACAUAAUUUCACCUUUGAUAUCAGUUAAAGAAUUGAGGGAGCUAGGAGUGACCCUUCACGUCCAGCUGCACUCAGACCGUGAUCCAAUCCCUGAGGUGCCAGCUGUUUAUUUCUGUUCUCCAUCUGAGGAAAACUUGGGCAGGAUAUGUCAAGAUCUCGACAAUGGGACCUAUGAUCAGUACCACCUCAAUUUCAUCUCUCCCAUAACGAGGCAAAAGCUGGAAGAUUUGGCUGCAUCGGCGAUCCAGUCAAACUCCGCUGUGAACAUCCAGAAAGUUUAUGAUCAGUAUUUAAAUUUUAUAUGCUUAGAGGAUGACCUUUUCAUUAUGAAGCACCAACAAUCUGAUGUACUGUCAUACUAUGCAAUCAACAAAGGUGAUACAAAAGACACUGAAAUGGAAGCCAUCAUGGACAACAUAGUUGAGAGCUUGUUCUCUGUCUUUGUCACACUAGGUAAUGUUCCUAUCAUCAGAAGCAGUAAAGGCAAUGCUGCUGAAAUGGUGGCCAAAAAACUAGACAAGAAAUUGAGAGAGAAUCUUUGGGAUGCUAGAAAUAAUUUAUUCCACGGCAACACUGGUCAAUCCGGCUCCUUCAGUUUCACUCGGCCUAUGCUCAUACUGUUAGACAGGAAUAUUGAUAUGGCAACACCUUUACAUCACACAUGGACAUACCAAGCCUUAGCUCAUGAUGUACUGGAUUUGUCUCUCAACAGAGCACUGGUUCCAGAAAGCACUGCAGUGGCGGUGUCUGGCCAAAAAACCAAGACACGAGUGUGUGACCUGGACUCUAGGGAUCCAUUAUGGGCAGAGCACAAGGGUAGUCCUUUCCCCACUGUGGCAGAAGCUAUACAAGAAGAUUUAGAUAAAUACAGGAGUUCAGAAGCAGAAGUAAAGAAGCUAAAAAGCUCCAUGGGUCUGGACGCGGACAGCGACUUAGCACUGAGUUUGGUCAGCGACAACACGCAGCGGCUCACUAGCGCCGUCAACUCGCUGCCUCAGCUUAUGGAGAAGAAGCGGCUGAUUGACAUGCAUACUACUAUUGCUACUGCAAUCCUCAACGCGAUAAAAUCAAGGCGGCUCGACUCGUUCUUCGAAUUAGAAGAGAAGAUAAUGAGUAAAAGCAGUGGAGUCGAAAGCAAAACGGUGAUGGACCUCAUAACGGAUCCCACAGCGGGCACCGCUGAGGACAAGAUGCGUCUCUUCAUAAUAUACUACUUGUGUACUUCGCAAUUACCAGAGGACGAGUAUAAAAAGUUCGAAGCGGCGUUGGUGGCCGCCAACUGCGAUACUCAGCCGAUGUCGUAUAUGAAACGGUGGAAGGGUUUUACAAAGAUGUCCAGUCAAUAUGAAGGUGGUGGUACGAAAACAGUAUCUAUGUUUUCCAAACUGGUCUCCCAGGGUUCUUCGUUUGUGAUGGAGGGAGUCAAGAAUUUGGUUGUCAAAAAACAUAAACUGCCGGUAAGCCGCGCAGUGGAGGCCGCUCUCGGCGGCAGCGGCAGCGGCGAAGGCAGCACCGACCUCAGCUGGCUGGACCCGCGCGCCGCGCGCACCGACGCCGCCGCCCGCGCGCGCGCCGCCCGCCACCCGCCGCCCACAGACGCCGUGGUGUUCGUGGUGGGCGGCGGCAACUACAUCGAGUACCACAACCUCAUCGACUUCGCCAAGCAACAAGCGACGAGCGGUACUCCAAGGAAGAUCAUCUAUGGUGCUACAACUUUGCCGAACGCUUCACAAUUCCUGAAACAGCUGUCUCUGCUCGGAGAAGAAAUACAAUAGACAUUCCCAUCUCAGUAAUAUAACUUACAAUGUAAAUUAUACCAUAAUUAUUUAAUGUAUUAUUAUAAUCUUCAUCAGUGGAAUUAUGACUUUUAUAUCACAGUAUAAUAUUGGCUUGGAAUCCUAAAAGGUGAAUGAAACACAUGUCUCAACAAGUUGGCAUUUUAUUUACAAUGACAUUCAAAAUAUAGCUAACAUCUAAUACACUACUAAUAAAUUUUGAUUGUUUUGAACAAGAAGUAUAAAAUCUAAAUCACAAGAUUAGUAUUUCAACAGUAUAUCAAACCAUGAACGAACAGUUACACAAUUUUCACUGAAGAAAUCGAAGUGUGAAAACAAUGACGUGAAAAACAUAUAAUAUUUGUCAUGAAAACAAAACUUGUCGAUUUACGCCCCAUCCCUUAAACUAUUGUGCUUAUUUAAUAACUAAAAUGAUUAUCUUUAUUCAAAGCAUAAUAUAAGUAAUAACCCUCGAAAAAUAGAAAUAUGUGUUAGAUAUUAUGCUUAUACUAAACUAUAGUUUGAAAAAAUAAAAUAAGUAGAUUACAGUGAUCAAGGAACUUCAAGAUCUCUAAAACACUCGAUUGACAAGUGCUGAAUAACUAUGGUGAAGUUUAAAGCAUACAGUUACUCAUAUAUUAGUGGGAUUUGAUAUUAACACGUCAACGCUUACAAUACAACAUCUAUCACGGAUUAUGAUAUGGCUUUGGCACAGUGAAUAACUAAACGUUGCCCAGUGGCAGUUACAUCUGAUAACGUAUUUUAAUUUUGAUGUUGAGUGAUACGGAUAUCACAUUAAAAAUGGCAAUAUUGAUAGUGUCUAUAGUAAACUACACACUCGUUAUUUUUAGAUGCCAUUCUGAUAAAACUUUUGUAAUCAGUAGCAAGGGAAGCAAUUGGAACUUUUUCAAACUUAUCUUUACUCUUUAGGUACUUACAUUUUUUCCAAAUUUUGCCUCAUUAGAAUAACUAACGAAAAUAAGAUAUUUCACCACAGAUAUGGGUAGAAUUUCACAACAAUAAAAGUUGAAGAAUAGGCACUUCAAAUUUUUAAAUGGUGUUUUAUAUGAAGUCAUAUUAACUUUUUUCUAAAAUUAAGUUUGUGGUUUUGGACAUGUUCACUAACUUCAGAUGUAAACUGCCUGAGGCAUCAACAAACGGAGAGAGAGCACAAAACAUGUUCAUGUGCAGUCAUGGCAAGAUUCCAACAUCAUCAUCAAUCUUCAGAUUGAAAUAUAAAAUCCCUUCAAAGUUCACACACUAUUAUUUGGUAGUGUUGCAUUUGAGAAUUAAAAUUUUCAAACAUUAGAAUAUUCAUUUGUUUCGCUGUUUCGACGUUAAAUCUCAUAAUAAUGACUUAUGUGUAACCUUGAAGGAAUAAUACAUUUCAUAAUCACCCUGUAUAGUAAACAAUUCAAAAGAUAUGUUUGUGCAACAAACAGAAAACAGGAUGUCAUAAAACGAACACAAGCACUAACACUAAGAUUAAGUAAUAUUUUUAUAACUAAUGUAAAUAUCAUAGUCGUAUUACGUGUAGAUAAAUAUCCAAUAACAUUAAAAAUCAUUAUUACAUUUUUAAAAUAUUGUGCGUAAUCAAGAAAUAAGUAAUAUAAUAUUAUUAAAUACAACACUGAUAAAGCAUUAAAAUUUAUAAACGUCAUUCUAUACAUGGAAUAACACAAUUAGAAGAUAAAUUCACGAUUGAACAAAACAUGGCACUUAAGAUAUUCCUGAACACUGCUACACCUUAUCUUCGUAUCGAUUAGGUACGGAAUCGAUAUUUCUGCAUUACAUCGUUAA